AUGGUGAUCAUGAGGGGUGAUGCGAGGCUGCUCUGCGCGCUUGGUCUGGUGCUGCUCUGCGUGGCGGCGCACUUUCAGGGUGCGUACUGCAGCGGCGGCGGUGGUGGAGGCCAUGGCGGGGGCAGCGGAGGGCACGGAGGCGGCGGUGGAGGAGGAGGACACGGUGGGGGUGGCGGAGGGCACGGAGGCGGCGGUGAAGGCCACGGUGGAGGUGGCGGGCUAGGAGGCGCCGGUGGAGCCCACGGAAGCGGCGGGGACGGUGGCGAGGGGAGCAGCGGCGGGGGAGGGGCGGGCGCCAUCCCCGGCAGGGCUGCGGGAGAGCCGCAAGGCCGCGCCGCCUGGACGGUCUCUGGAGCCGUCACCACCCUCGCGACCGCAGUGCUCGUUCUGUGGCUCUGA